AUGGUGGUCUACGCUAGAUAUCACGGUCACCGCCACUACCGUCCAGUGUACAGGGCCAGCGUUCUGGAUGUGUUGCGAUAUCGGAUCUGGAGGAGGUAUCGCAUCUGGUACUGGCUGUUGCUUCUAAUCGGCGUCCUCAGCUUCCUGGUCGCCAUUCAGAGACCCUUCGACCGUCUCUUCAGGCGUCGCCCUCGCGUCGCGUCCUGGCUGCUGCCACGUGACUCUCGCUCUAAGUCGUGCACGAACGUGGACGUGGAGGCGCGCUUCGACUGCCACCCCGACGUCGGACUGAGUCGCGCCUCGUGCGAGAGGCGAGGGUGCUGCUUCCACGUGCCGAAGGCGGGCACCGUCGGUGUACCGGCCUGUUUCUUUCCCGCCGGGUACAACGGUUACAAGAUGAAGCGCAAGAUGGAAACCUCGAGCGACGUGGUGAUUACGAAGAUGCGCCGCGUCCGGCCUUCGGGAUUCCCGGAGGACACCUCCGAGAUCGAUGUCGCGGCUUCAUUGUUCUCCCCCGAGAUCGCCCGUCUAACGGUGACGUCAUACGAAGACCUGUACCGCACCAGCGUCCCCCCGGUUCCCGAACAGCAGGAGCCUGCCUCUCGGUUGCUUACAGUCUACACGACCAAGCUCGGUGACGUGGUCGUCUACAGACCGGGAGACCGGCAGAUACUGUUCGAGACGGACCUGUCCCGCCUGGUGUACACUCCGCGGUUCGUGCAGCUGGUGACGCUCGUACCGACCACCAGUCUGUACGGCUUCGGAUUGGGCAGGGGUCCCCUGCAGCGCAGCGUCCUUAUGCCUCAGGCUGGAUUCAACCGCGAUCUUCAAGCGCUGAACGGUAGCCAACACUUCUUCCACGGCAGCCACCCCUUCUACAUGGGCUUCGACCGGCUGGGAACGAGCUUUGGCGUAUACUUCCGAACCAGCGCCAUAUUUGAGGUGCUGGGGCACGUGACACCGGCGCUGACGUUUCGCUCGCUGGGCGGUCAGGUUGACGUGUUCGUGUUCGGCGGUCCGUCUCCAGCCGACGUGGUGCGCCAAUACCUGGACGUCGUCGGGAGGCCGGCCAUGCCACCGUUCUGGGCCCUGGGCCUCCACGCGUCCCUGCCCCGACUGCCAGCUGGCGUUAAGACUGACCCUAAGCAGGGCAUGCCUGUCGACGGCGACUGGGAGGACCCGUUGAAGCCGCUCCUCACUGACUCAAACUACUUCGUGGACGUCGCGUGGCUUCCGGUGGACGUUGAGAGGCACACGUGCGAGCACGGCGCCUACCCCGAGACUCGGCAUAGACGGCCCUUUCAGCGCAUUGUGCACACUCUGGUUCCAACGCUGAGCGAGAGACCCUCGCCAACCACAGCGUGCCACAUAGCGGUGGCCGAGGCCCAGUACUUGGGGCUCCUCCUCGUCAACCAGGCGCAGGAGGUGCUCGAGGAUGAGGUGUUGGAAACGAACAUCACGAGCUUCGUAUUGGACUUCGCAGUGCCGCGAUACGACAUUUACCUCAGCAAAGUCUUCGCUCAAAUUUACCCCAGAACUCCGUUCGACGGCCUGUGGUUGGACCGCAACGAACCGACUCUGUUGAACGUAUGGCCACCUGGCGGCUGCGCAAUGGACGGUUGGGACGUGAUACCAUACACACCCAGGACACUGCUGUCCGAAGGACCCCUGCACACUCGCACGCUAUGCAUGUCCCAACAUCUGGCAAUGGGGCCCCAUCUGGUGGCGCACAAUGCCAUUCCCUACCUGCAGGCGCAGGCGGCCUACACAGUUCUCGCCAAAACCUCGGGAGUGAGGCCAUUCGUCAUGAGCCGAUCGAGUUACUCGGGCAUCGGCAAGUACGCCGGUCACGUGAUCCACGGUCUCCGUCCCACGUGGGAAGAUCUGCGCCAAAGCAUUCCCAUGUUGCUGACUGCAAGCUUGCUGGGGAUGCCGCUGAGCGGCGCCGAAGUCUGCGGUGGCGCUGAAUUCAAGAUGGUGUCCACCGCGGACGAAGAACUGUGUGUCACGUGGUUCUCGCUGGCCGUCUUUUACCCAUUGCUGCAGCUGAGCAAAGCCGAGAUUUUCCUGCUGCAGCCGUCGGCGUUCUCUAACGCCUUCCUGUCCGAAACGUCGGACAUGCUGGACAUUCGGCUCAUGCUGCGUCCCUACCUGUACUACCUGUUCCAUCGAAGCCACGUCGCUGGUGACACCGUCAUGAGACCGCUGUUUGUCGAAUUUCCGGACGACACGGCGACAAGGAACAUCAGCGAUCAAUUUCUCUGGGGGCCAGCGCUGAUGAUAAUUCCCUUCCUGGCACCGAACGAGCAGGUUCGGCGCGCCCACAUUCCUGAGGGCGUGUGGUACGACUUCGAGAUGAACUCCGGCGUGCCGUACCCGCCGCCGAUCUCGGAAGCCGGAGGUGGCAGCCACACUCUGCAGCGGCGCGGUUCUCGCCGCGUGUCGCUGCUGCUCCGCGGAGGACACGUACUUCCCGUGUCCGCCACGCCGCCCGCCUUCGUACGUGACGGCCAAAGCCCGGAGUAUUCGCUUCGCGUCGCCUUGGACGAGCAACAUCAGGCCAAGGGAAGUGUCUACUGCGACGACGGCGUCUCUGCAGGCUCCUACGAGACCGGAGCUUACGGGCUGGCGGACAUUAUCUUUAACAAGGACACACUGUUGGUGGUACCCCGCCACACUGAUUUCCCGUGCCGUCCAGUGCGAGAGGUGAGGAUCGUCGGUCUGCCCUCGCAUCCUCUGGAGCUGGUGACCAUGGAUGGCUCACCGAUCAGCCACACCAUUCAGCUGAAUCAGACCGUGAUGACGGACAUGGAACUGCCCCUGAACAAGACAAGCAUGAUUGUCCUCCACAGGAAGAGAGCGCCCGCUGACUCGCAUCCGAGGACCGACAACGCCCGUAUCGCUGCAGGUUCAAUCACUGGAGCCUCCAUUUCGAACGACUCAUCUCCUCAGGCGCUGGUGUAUGGCGCCUUCUCCAAUAAGUCUCUGAAGCCCGCCUGCGAUGUGGCGCUGUCACGGAACAUGAGCGGGAACGACGCAUGCACGCAAAUGAAGUGA